AUGCCCGUCUACCCACCCAACACCCCACUCACCAAGAUCAACCCGCGCCCCCGCGGCGUCGAGCCCCCGAUCACACCCUGGGACGCCGGUCGCGCGAACCACCCGGAGACGUGGGGUAAAGCCGGCGGAGGGAUGCCCGCGUUCACGCCGACGUCGCAGCUGAAGAAGCGCAAAAACUACCACAAGCGAUGCGCGUUCAUCAUGCAGACGCUGGAGCACGAGAAGAUGACGGAGAUCGCGGCGACGUCGCCGGUGGUACCGUUUCGGCCGGGCGACGUCGUCAGGGUCAAGGUUGAGGUUUUGGAGAACAGGCGGAGGGCGAACGAUUUCACCGGCGUAUGCAUCGCGAGGAGGAACCGGGGGAUGGGGAGCACGUUCACGCUGCGGACGGUGCUGGCCAACGCGCCGGUGGAGCGCACGUUCCCGCUGUACUCGCCGACGAUCAAGGAGUUCGAGGUGCUGGAGCGGAGGAAGGUGCGGCGGGGGAAGCUGUAUUACCUGCGCGACAAGCCGCUUCGGUUCAGCAGGGUUUAG